AUUUCCUAUGGAUUAUUUCACACCAAUAGUAACGAUAGACGAAGCUCCCCCAAAGACAUGCACACCAAAAUCGUCGCCAAAAAUUAAAAAGAUCAAAAUUAAAAUUGAAGGAAAUGAAGAAGGGGAAAUUUCUGGGGAAAUCAUAAAACCUAAACGAGGGAGACCAAAGAAAAUCAAUGUCAAAGUCGAAACUGAAAAUGCAGAAGCAGAAAGUAAAACAGAAGUAGAGAAACCAAAAAGGGGCAGACCUAGGAAAGUAGUCACUAAUUCUCCAGAUAGCAAGAAGGAUUGUACAGAGAAAAAUAAUGAUGAUGAAGAUGAUGACCCGUCGUGGUCAACAGCAGUUUCUUAUAAGAAGAAGAAAAAGAAAAAAGUUUUGAGGCGUUUAAAUAAAAAAUCUCUGAAGAAAUCACUAAUGAAUGAGAACAAAAAGGAUGAAAUUGUUAUAAAAACGGAACCAUUAGAUGAAAAUGUAGGUAAUGACGCUCAAGAAGAAAUUAAGAAAGAAAUUAAAGAUGAACCUGUUGACCAAAUCGAAUUACCUGUAAUAGUUCCUCUGACGGAAGAGGAAUUUAAAGCAAUGAUGCCUCCGGAAGAUCAUAGGAAGUUUCGAUGUCCUCUCUGCCAUAAAGAAAAACAAGACGAUACUGAGCGAACUCCAAAAGAACUCAAGGAACACUACAAAGACCAGCACCCUGGUAAAAGACUGAGGCAGUCUCGUUUUUCCAAUGAAGUCCAUCCAUGUGAUAUCUGCGGAAAGGAAUUUCGAACAAACAGCGCUGUCAAGGAUCAUGUUGAAACACACAACAGCUAUUUCUAUUGUGAAGUCUGUAAUGCGUCUCAGAAAAAAAUCCUAGACCACAUUAUUCAUUUAAGGAUACAUUCUGAACCUGGUUUAUUCCAGUGCUUGAUGUGUGAUCUCAACACUCCCGAUAUAAACAAGAUCACAGAACACGUCAACAACCAUGAAGAUUUGUUGAAGUAUUGGUGUCAAGCAUGUAAAAAAGGAUUCCAAAUUCUUCCUUGGUUUCAAGAGCACGACAAUUACCAUACUGGAUUGAAACCAUUCGAUUGAACAACCAGUUAAAGGAUAAUGUUCUAGAAGAGAUUGUAAUUACCGUUGUUGAUGAUGAUACUGAAGAUUAUCCCGUUGAUUUUGGCCACAUUGACAUAAAUGAUUUUAUAAUUACCCUGAACUCUAGUAUAAAAUCUGAACCACACGAUGCGGACAACUCUUUAAUGGAAACAAUCGAAACAAAAAGUAAUAUUCCAUCAAAUGUUCUAUACGUAAACGGAACAAUUAUGGAUGAACUAGAUGACCAGAGUGAUGUGAGUAAACCCAGAAGUAGUGCAUCUGUUAGAAAAAGAAGAAGAACGACCGCUCGUCCAUGUUUAUGUGCAAUUUGUGGUAAACUAGUCAAGGCUAAGAAUAUGUCCGAGCACGUGGCCAGUCAUGGUGAGAAACAUUGCAAUGUUUGUAGUGCUUCGUUCAGGUCAAUGGAAGAACUAGAGAAACAUAAAGAACUACAUCUGAGGAACAUCUAUACUUGUGGAGACUGUGGUUUGAGUUUCAAAGUUGCAAUUGACUUUGCUGUCCAUUCAAUGAAACAUUCUGGAGAGUAUUCCUGUCCAAUGUGUCAGUUCAGUACGAACAGCAAGAGUUCCAUGAAAGGUCAUAUUAGGAGACACGAAGGCAAGUUUACCCACUAUUGCAAAAUAUGUGGCAAGGGUUUUCUGAGUAGAGCAAUACAGACUGCUCACGAGGAAAUACACUUUGAUGUCAAACGCUUUCCCUGUGACAUUUGUAAUAAAAAAUUUUCUGUACAGAGGUAUGUGAGUAUUCACCGUAUGCUUAACCACAAGAAAGAAUUGUACGGAAUUGAUCAGCUUUAUAAAUGUGAUAUAUGUGAUAGGGAAUUCACGUUCGAGAAAAGUCUUCGUCGUCAUAAGAGUGUUGUACAUCAUCUUGGAGAAGAUCUUACUGUAGAAUGCAAAGUAUGCAAAAAAGUGAUUGCCAACAACUAUAACCUCAAGCUGCAUAUGCGUAUUCAUACUGGAGAGAAGAAAUACUGCUGUGACAUAUGUGGAAAAGCCUUUGCAGCCUUUAAAUAUUGGAAAAACCAUAGAGUGACACAUGAAAGACAACAAAAUGAAAGAAAUAUUGAACAUGUUAGUAGAAACUAUACUCCAAGCGAAAUCACAAGAAAAUAUUGCUGUGGAUUUUGUGACGCGAAAUUUUCAUUAAAAAAAUCUUGGGAAAAACAUGAAUCGAUGCAUGACUUAUUAAAAGAACGAGCAACAGUGAAAGAAGAGGAAAACGUUAAAGAAUUUGUAGAUGCGGAUUUCAAGUUCGGUAAUGAAUCACUUCCAUAUAGGUUCAACUAAUUUGGAAUAAUUUUAUAUUUGUUUCAUAAUCUUUUCAACUAAUUUGGGAUAGUUUUAUAUUUGUUUCAUAAUCUUUUACAAGCGAUUGAGCAUAUAUCAUAAAUCUCUCACUAUUAAAAUGACGAAAUUUGACUAAAACUUUUUUGAACCUCAUAGUGAAUCUCUUACAACAAUUUUACUCAUUUUUGAACUUGGUUUUGAUUUGAUAAUAAUGAUUGGUUUUGCCUAUAAGAUCUUUUUAUAAUGUUUGAAUAACAUUUUGAUAUUUGUAUUCGACCUGUUUAAAGAUAUGUAUCAAAAUCUGUAAAAGAUGUGAAUAAAUUGUUUUAAUAAAGAA